UUUGGCUGCCAGGUGGGCCGCUGGACAGCAGCAGAGAUCAGUAAACUUGAGCCAGACCUGACAGCCAACGGUAUCGCCCUGGUGGGCAUCGGACCUGAGGAGACAGGCCUGAAGGAGUUUAAGGAGGGGGGAUUCUUCAAAGGUUAAAAAAAAAUCCAUGUCUGUUUUGCAAAAUAAUGAUUCUAGAUUGGGGGCACAGAGUCAGUUGUCCAAAAUCACAUUGGGCAAUAGACCAAUGAUGUCUACAACCCAACCCUUUUGACUUCUCAAGCAACCACAAAUGUAUUCAAAAAAAUGUAUCUUUGAAUACCAUUUACUUUUUAAUGACAAUUUUUGUCAUUUAGAAUCCAUAGAAACUUUGUCACCCUUACACAACAUAUGUAGCUUCCUUUUGUAACACUGGCCAUUUAUGGCCAUUCACUUAGAAAGCAAUAAACUUGCCUCCUGAUGGAUUUCACAGCCGACCUUAAAUGCCCUGCUCUGCCAUAGUAAGAGUUUUGAGACUUUGUGGAUCGUAUCAUAAUCGUCCUGUUGUCUUCUGUGGCAGACCUUUACAUUGACGAGAAAGGAUCUGGGCUUCAAAAGGUAAGUUAGGUCAUCAGUGUACUAUUUACUUAUCUAGAUGUACUACUUGGAGUGCCAAGAAGAAAAAAAUAGCUCUUGCAUAGAACUUACAUUUGUAAUCUGGUCCUCUGUAGCUCAGCUGGUAGAGCACGGCGCUUGUAACGCCAAGGUAGUGGGUUCGAUCCCCGGGACCACCCAUACACAAAAAUGUAUGCACGCAUGACUGUAAGUCGCUUUGGAUAAAAGCGUCUGCUAAAUGGCAUAUUAUUAUUUAUUAUUUAAUCUUACAUUCGUAAACAGGUACACGGCUCUUAGUGUGGUUCCUGCAGCACUGGGGAAGAAAAUACGAGAGGUUACGACAAAGUUAAUAUUUGUGAUUUCACUUUGUCCAAUAACAUUGCUGUAUCAUGGUUGACGCGGGAGGGGGGUUAUGUUCAGUUGAUACUGCAUGUAUAUGGCCUCUUCUGUCUGUCUGAGUGGAAUUGGAAGGUGUUUUACAUGGUUUGUCCUCUGUUCUGUCCUCCAGGCCAAAGCUCAAGGGAUCCAGGGGAACUUCACUGGGGACCUCCUACAGAGUGGAGGCAUGUUCAUCGUGGCCAAAGGUAGGUCCAAACAAAGACGCGGGGAGAAAAGGUUUACAUUCCAGAUAAUCGCCAGACUAAACCAUAUAUAGCUCAGAAAUACACCAUACAGCUGUCAGGGGUUGACCUGUAUGGAAAUAUAUCUCACAGCUGUUGUGAUUAGAAUUGAUUGCUGGAAAGAUACGUUUUUCAAAUAUUAUCUAAAUAUAUUAAAGAAAGCAAUGUGUGAUAAUAAGUGUCAUGAGUUAAGAUCCUCAGGGGAUUUUUUCAUAAAUAGCUGAAAUGCUUUGACCACUUUUUGUGUACUGUACCAAAGAUUUUUAUAACUAACCCAAGAUACACUACAGCCUGUUGUUUCCAAUGGGAGCAAAUGAAGCAUAGUGAGCAGAACAAGCAAGGAGGUGGGCAAAACCAAGCACGAGCUAGCGAGAUCCUAUUGGUUCGUUCUAGCAUGUAUUUGCAUAUUUCCAUUAGGGAACACCUACCUUAUGAAGUCUGCGUGUGGAAUGACUAAAUUCGCCCUUGCACUCUUCUAAACAACGCAGUUCUUAGAAACUUUGGCGAAGGGUAAAGUCUAUAAAACGUAGUCCACUCUGUGUAACAUACUAUUUUUUGGGGAACAGAAAAUUGCAGAAGGGGAAGGGAACAAAGCUGGAGUGCUGAUCCAAAAAUAGAGAAAAUAAGCAUUUGAUUCAAGAACACUCCCAACUUUGAUUGUUAGAACUGCACACAGUUGUCUGAAAACUCUGAUAAAAAGUAGUUGUGUAACAGACUCUUACCUUGGGGCUUCAGUUCAAAUGACAUCUAGCCUAAUUAAUUAAUUUUCUCUCAAUUCUAGAGGACACAAUUCGAUUUUUAGUGUGGGAGUGAAAAUGGGCAUGGGAGAAAACAGAGAAGAAAGUAGUGGGAAAGAGAGGGACAAAGAGUUAGAGAAGGGGAUAGCAGGGGAGAACGACUGCCCCAUCUUAUUAAAGCCAUGCAGUUCAAGGCCGACCGCGGUCCUGCAGGCAUUGUCCCCUGUAGCUCAGUUGGUAGAGCAUGGCGCUUGCAACGCCAGGGUUGUGGGUUCGUUUCCCACGGGGGGCCAGUAUGACAAUGUAUGCAUUCAAUAACUGUAAGUCGCUCUGGAUAAGAGCAUCUGCUAAAUGACUAAAAUGUAAUUGUUUGCAGAAAACAGGAUCCCCCAUUAUAGUGAAUGGGAAAAUGGCAAUCUUCGUGGUCAAUCAGGGUACCUAUAAUUGCUUCUAUUACAACAGAUGUAUGUCCUUGAACCGAUUAUUUUAUAAAUCGCACAUAGAAAAGGGAUUAUAAGGAUAAUUUAGUUUUUUAAAUUUUUUGGGAGGGGUGGGUAGAUCAGCUUUAAUAUUGCAGAUAGAUUGUAACUUCCAUCAAUAUAAUUGUCUGCAUCACUUCCAAUUCCCCAUAGUUUUUUUUCUCGCAUACAUAUAUACAUACACACACACACAUAUAUAUAUAUAUAUAUAUAUAUAUCCUUUUUUAAAUAUAUUUCCCUUUAUUACUUUCCAACCCCACCACCCCUUCCCUAAUUGGAGUAAACUAGUGAACAACAACGCUUAGGCCUCUACUUCCAUCUUAUACAUACUAUAUAAAUGUUAUGGACACAGUCAAUUUUACAAUAAUUGUAUUUUGUUUGUUUUUACUCCUGAACUUCCUCUACCCUCAACCUCUCCGAUCAUUUUCAUGAUGCCCAUCCGGUUUGCUUCUAUAUGCCAUAUCUCUCCAACUGUGCUCCUUCACAAAAGCUCUCAACCUAUAAACGUAUUAUGGACACAGCAUGCCCUUCAUUAGUUAUCAUGCUGUUAUUAUUUCCAUCCUUCAGCUCCAUUCAACACCUCCCAUCUAUCUAGGAUAAUUUAGUUGCUAUUCAGCCUGCAGUACCCCGGUCGGCCAUCAACUUUAGUUACUUAAUGAGAGCGCGCAGCACUGAGCUAGCCUGCAACGCAACUUCCUGGUUUAGCUCAAACUGCGCAUGUUAUGUAUCCAUGAGACGCCAUCUGACUUAUUUUGGCUUCAAUGCGCUAUUGAGUCUUCACAUAGGAAUUCAUUGUGUUACGUGAUCGAUGGCUUUGUUUAUUCAUAAACAGUCAUUGGGGGACAGAGAGAGGGGCCCAGAGGGGAGGAGAAAAGAGGGGUGUCUCGCAUUCCAAGCUGUGGCGAGACGACGACCAUCAUGCUCCACUGCAGUCCCUGCCCAACUCUAAGACCUUACAUCACCCUAGCACUGCACCGCACGCAGACACACACACACACACAGCCAUUUAUCGGUAGUCUGAAAGGAUAACCUUUCCUCUCAGCUUUGCACACCACAAAGCCCCCAAAACACACAUUUCUUUCCCUCCUCUCCUCUCUUCUCUCUCGUUUACUCCAGCUACCUUUCGGAGGGUCACCGAAACGUGCUUGGCUGUCUGGCUGAUACCGCUCUUCUCAUGUAAAGAGAGAUACCACUAUACCUCACAAUAAAGUACACAGGCGUCCCUAUUAUUGUAUAUUGAGUCCAACGCCAUAAAAAGCUGCUUUCUCAAGGUGAGUCCUCUGCAUCACUGAGCUCCUUGUGUGACCUGAACCCAUGCAGCCUCUUGUCACUGCUCUCUCCCUGGGAUGGAAGAGGAGGAGAGAAGAGAGGACGGAGGCCCCUGUGGGCCCCGGCGACAGGCCAGAAUCAAAUCAAACUUGAUUUGUCACAUGCGCCGAAUACCACAGGUUUAGACCUUACCGUGAAAUGCUUACUUACAAGCCCUUAACCAACAAUGCAGUUCAAGAAAGAGUUAAGAAAAUAUUUACCAAAUAAACUAAAGUAAAAAAUAAUACAAAGUAACACAAUAAAAUAACAAUAACGAGGCUAUAUACAGGGGGUACGGGUACAGAGUCAAUGUGCGAAGGUACAGGUUAGUCGAGGUAAUUUGUACAUGUAGGUAGGGGUAAAGUGACUAUGCAUAAUUUGUACAUGUAGGGGAGGGGGGGUGUCAAUGUAAAUAGUCCGGGUGGCCAUUUGAUUAAUUGUUCAGCAGUCUUAUGGCUUGGGGGUAGAAGCUGUUAAGGAGCCUUUUGGUCCUAGACUUGCCACUCCGGUACCGCUUGCGGUCAGAUGCCGUAAAUAGGCGGUUUUAACUGCAUGUUACGAAUCAAGAGAACGUGCUCCCGCUCUUCCCUGUGCCACCUCCCAGGAGAGCCCCUGAUGCCCGCCACCAAGCUAAUUAUAGACCGCAUGGGUUUGUUCAGUCUUCGCCUGCACUUCCUGUUCUUGCAGCAAGCCCCUGGAGGGAGGUGCUGCCGACAGAGUCAAAUUAUCCUCCAGUUCCCCAAAACACCUCCUCCCCCACCACCCUUGUGA